CGUCGUCGGUACGUUCGCCGGCGGCAGCGUCGUCGAGCAAUUCGGUGGUUCGUCGCACGCGGAACAACCUCCCAGAAUGUCUCCCGUACAACCGCCUCACACGUUGACCUUCGUGAGAAUGAACUACGAACAGGAGGGCAACACGAAGACGUAUAACGAGCAGGGGAGCGUCGACAGUUCCGACACUUACGCGAGCUGCCAGACGCAUCCCUCGCAUUCGCAGGGAGAUUUGACCGAGGAGGCGGACAGCAAUCUUUACGUGAAUCCUCUGGAAGCGACGGAGAAAUGCGGCCGUGUGAAAAAAUCCAUUUCCGGCGACGUCGAGCGAUGCAUUGUCGCUAACGCGUCGCCCAGCGUCGAAUCCCUCAAGGAGAUCCGGCCCGGCAAUGAGGCGGCCAGCAAGGUCAACCCGAACGACACGUUACCCAAGCAUAGAAAAAUAAGAAUCCAACAGGAAAAUACGAGCGUUAUGUUUUUUCACAACAUAAAACCACGGGCGCAGUUCGUCAGCGAUCAGGAGGGUGUGACACGGGACAUCAUCUCGAGAGAGGACACCAUCACGGAGGACAACAACAAUCAUUACGGUAGACUACGCGGUGGCAGACCCUCCCCGUUCACGACGACGAAUAGCCUAGCGUCCGCCACUCGUAUCAUCAAUCAUCACUUGUUUGGAUCCCUCGGCGGGUCCAAGCAUUACGCAGAAACAAGCGGCGAGAGUAAGCUCUCGUUGUCGGCGGACUCGAUAGACAGCGAUGGCGCGUCGUACACGGACCGUCACCGAAUAUCGAAGUCCAUCCUGAAGAAGUCCGACAGCGGUAACAAUUAUUACAGCAACACCGGCGACUCGGACACCGAGAAGCUGAUCACGGACAACGUGUCAACGACGAGCGUAUGCGACAACGAGAUGAGCGACGUUCCGGCCAAUGCGAAUAACGACACGCGCGUUAAGAAACGCUCGAUAUCGCCGUUGCUCUCGCGACAGGUCCUCGAGUCGAUAUUCCGCACGAACAACAACAUCGAGAGCGAGUGCACGAGCGACGAGGCGGACCGAAAAGGCAGCGUCACGAGAAGGUCGAAGGUCUCACUUGGCGACGUCGUCCAAGAAGAUAAACACGUCCGAGACGAGGUGGCAGUGGAGAAGCAAUACAAAGAGCCGGACGAGCAGUUGCGGAGGCCGAAGGCGCGCGCGCAGCAAGAGCAGUCCAAGCUGAUACUACGCCCGUACAAGACGAAAAAGUCGACGACGGUGCCGGAGGAAAAGAGAAAAGCGAGCAAGUCGAGCGGACACGGUUGCGCGAUUUACAAGAGCUCGGACGCGAAUAGUCUCGCUCAGGAAUACCGUUUCUCGUCGUAGCGAGGCUUAUCACUUUAUAGCGCAGUUAUCUCCGCUAUUGUAGACGCUGCAACACACAUGUAAUCGCAUUUAUUCGCACCGAUCAUCUCCGACGCGGUAGGCUUAUUGCAACAGCUCGUUAUUUCUGUAUUUCGCGAUCGAACGAUUGCGACGUAAUCGGUCGAUUAAUCGCGCGCGAAUUGAGAUUUCGACGUCGUUAAAAUCAAUUUUUCUCAACGAUCUUUCGUCAACGCAAAUCAAAGAAAGAAAUUUAAUUUCGUCGCGAAGUAGCGGAGCUAUCCGCAAUCGAUCCUCCUCGGCGGAAAACGCUCGCAAGUACAGAAAUAAUGGAGUGACGAUCACAUCGCAUUCGAUUGGAUUCGAUCCCGGAUUAUGAUCCAUCGGGACGGACGCGGAACGUUAUAUAUAUAUAUAGUUGAAGCAAUAGUUAAUUAAUUACAAGUUACAUUGCAUGAUACAAAUUAAAAAAUCGUUAAUAUCAAUCGUGAAUAUCAAAAUGCGAGCGAAACGGGGUUGUCAUCGCGCGCGCGCGCGCACACAGUUGGACUAAAAACCCGGAAUUCGAUCGACACCCCACAAUUGUUUAUUUUCUCUCGUCUCGAUAUCAUUAUUAAAAAUUACGACCCGAUAUCGUUAAAUUAGAACGGCUUUGCGUGUCGCAAUAAAUUUUUGUGCGUUAUAAUACAGUCGCGGAAAAUUCUAUACGGCGCUAACUCUCAUACGAACACACAACAUUAGAUUCUAAAUCUACAUUUUUCAGGCUCAUGUUAUAUAUACAAAAUAUAUUAUAAAAUAUAUAUAUAAUAUAAAUUUUUAUAUAUAUUAUUUAUAUAUUUUAUAUAUAAUUUAAAUUUUUUUAUUAAAUCCUAUGUGCGUGUUGAAUAAUUUAUCGCAGAAUCAAAAACGUGACGAUUCAAAUGUGACAACGUAGCUCAAUUUAAUUAAUAUAAUUUGAUCACAGUGCAACCAGUACGGGCAUUCGGCGCGCCUUUUUCGGAAUAUUGCAUAUCAUAUCGUGGCAUUUCGCGCGGCCAAAUCUGAAUGGCCUAAUUACAAGAUCGCACAGCACUUGAUAUUGAUGAAAGAGAGAAAGAGAGAGAGAGAUAGAAAGAAAUUAUAAGUUAAGAACUUCGGGCUUAUAAAACUGUAGACAUGUGUACAUAUAUACCGAUAUAUUUUUUAUAAACUUUUUGUGUGUCUCUGUUGGGAAAAGCCUACGAGUGUCAAUUUUGUGUUUUCUCUUUUAAUUAAGCUCGCAACGGGGAAGGGGUAAGGAGCGAAAGGGAAACCUUUCUCUUCACAUUCUCGAUGUUGAUGGAAGCGCAUCCGAACUUUUUCCACGAUUCAUCAGACAUUCCUUUAAUUCUAGUUCGCGCACGCGCACAUGUAUGUAUAUAUAUACGCGCCUUGAUUUUUCAAGCCUGUUGAAAAGUGUUAAAAAAAAAAAAAAAAAAAAAAAAACUCGCUCGACAUCAUAUCACAGAGAUAGAAAAAAAUCAAAAUAGUUGACAACGUGCGAGGUGCGUCUACUGAUUGCACUGUGAAAUGUGAUUCGCGAACAAAUCACUGCCUCUGUUCGAAGUAGUUCCACGUGUAAUAAUCGUAAGACACACACAUACACACAUGCUUCGUCAACAAUUCGAAUACGAAUUUAUUUGCCCCCGUUAGAAUGCAAUCGGAUUGCUGUUUUACCGCGGAUUUAUUAUUUUUUAUAUAAACAUCAAGAAGAAUUGACGAGCCUGUCGACGAUUUGUUCGCUUUUUUACGGAGACAUUAGAGAAAGAGACUUUCGACAUCAAAAAUCUGAAUUAAACGCGUUCUUCGACAGUUUUUGUUUUUUGUUUUUUGUUUUUUUUUUCCGCCUUUCUUGCAAGUGAACUCUCCCGCUGUUGCAUAUCUAGAUUUUAGAUAGAUCAUCGGUCGAGUGACACAUAUACAUAUCCGCAACGUGGAAAUGUCUAGUUGCUAUAUUACAUUAGUCGUAGAAGUCGUCGAUUGAAAAGAAAUAUAUAUAUAUAUAAAAAAAAAAGUGUACAAGCACGGGUACUCGUUAUUGUCCACCGACUGGCGAUCCGUGCGCGGAAAUUCGCGUUCAAAAAAAUCGUUCAUGAAAUAAUAUCGCGCGAGCGCCUCGAAUAUUUUUUACUAUACAUUUGCUUCCGCUGCGUACUCGCGUAAAAUAUAACAUAUAUAUAUAUAUAUAUACAUAUAUAGAAGACUCAUCCGUGUUCCAACACGCGCGCGAAUAAUCUCGUCUCGAGUUGUUCCCGCGUUUUUUCCGUAGUUUAAAACGACCAUGUGAAGAGACGAGUGAAUGGAUCAGGAAAACAGAGGUCGAGACCAUCUUGCGAAGAAGAUCGAACGUACGAGGGAUGAUCUCGGCGUCUCUUUCCCUUUUUUUUGAUGAGCAUUCUCUACGUCGUUUGCGUACCUGUCACUUAGAAUCAGAUAUAUAUACAUAUAUAUAUAUAUAUAUAUGUAUAUAUAUAUAUCUAUCUCUUAACGCUGCUUAGAUCUUCUAAGUAAAAUGAAAAAAAACUCAAUGUCUUUUCUGCGAGCUCUCUAGUUCUAUUUAGAAAAAGUUCCUAGAUCGUGUAAAAGAAAAACAGAUGGUCUAUAUUGUUUAACGUCGUAUAUAAAUGUGCAUUAGCGCCAACAGCACUGUUUAGCAGCGAUUAAUAGUACAAAGGAGAUACGGAUAUGUAUGUCGGAGGUUGUUCGUCGGGAGAAACUCGGGUGGGGAUGUGUUGUUGAGCAAAAUUUUGUUUUACGCGAUCGGCACUUGAGCGAAGAUGAUUUUCUUGAUUGAAAUUAAUUGAGUUUUCAGACGUGCGCGCGGCAAUUGUUUUUAUUCAAGAUAUACUUUGUCCGAUAAAGAUUUAUCGGAUGUUUGUUUAUACAUUGUACGAAGCGAAGAGUGAGAAUCUGGCCGAGAAUUCCCACCGAGUUUCUUCUUCGGAGAUUUGAUCGCGGAGAAAAAAGAUUUGCUAUCUCGCGUGACCAGCGAGAAAAAAUUUGCCGAGUUCACCGAAUUAUUAUUUUGUUUCGCCAACGAAACACAGUUUCGUUGGCAAAUCGGAAGAUACAACGCAGGCCAACUCAGCGCCAAAUUUUUUUCGCCGGUCGCGUAGCAACUGAUCUCCUUGCUAUUUCAGCAAAAAACGUUUUUCCGUGUAGAGAGACUUUUAUUUUACUUACUCUUCCAUUCUUUCUUCCUCUCUCCCUCCUUCCU